UUUUGUGUUAGAAGGUAGUGUGCUCGGAUUUUUAGCAGCAAAAUGUCUGGUCGCGGCAAGCAAGGAGGCAAGGCAAGAGCGAAGGCCAAGUCCCGCUCUUCUCGCGCUGGGCUGCAGUUCCCCGUCGGCCGCGUCCACCGUCUGCUCCGCAAAGGCAACUACGCCGAGCGCGUGGGGGCCGGCGCCCCAGUCUACCUGGCUGCUGUGCUCGAAUACCUGACGGCUGAGAUCCUGGAGCUGGCGGGCAACGCCGCUCGCGACAACAAGAAGACCAGGAUCAUCCCCCGCCACUUGCAGCUGGCCAUCCGCAACGACGAAGAGCUCAACAAACUCCUGGGCAAAGUCACCAUCGCUCAGGGCGGCGUCUUGCCCAACAUCCAGGCGGUCCUCUUGCCCAAAAAGACCGAAAGCCACAAAGCCAAAGGCAAGUGAAGUGGCCCUUCCCUUGCCAAACCCGACCAAAAGGCUCUUUUAAGAGCCAC